CAGAGCGCCAUUGGGCAGAACAUGUGGCAUCCUUGAUAUAAUAACGCGCAGGCAGGGCUCCUAAUUUCACAAGUAUUUUUCAUUGUUCACUUCGUAAAACUAAUCGGAUCUGAGCCCAGCACCACCGCAACAAUUAAGAAAUGGCUUUGAAUGGAGGAGCUCCCCCAAGAGGAAGUGCCGCAGCAUCUGCUGCCAACCUGCGUAGGAGAAGGACCGCAAGCGCCGGAGGAGCUUCUGCUGGAGGAACUAGUGGCAACAUGCUUCAGUUCUACACUGAUGAUGCCCCUGGACUAAAAAUCUCACCCAAUGUUGUUCUUGUUAUGAGCAUUGGUUUCAUAGCUUUUGUUGCUGUUCUUCAUGUCAUGGGUAAGCUUUACUUGAAUCGCAGAGAGGCUUAAUGAUUCUGCCAAUUUAAGGUGUAGACAGUGGUGUUUAGGUUAUUCGUCUGAGUUUGUACUUUCCGAUUGGCUAAUGUUGAAAGCCUUUUCUUUUCUUGUUUAAAAGCGACUAGUGGGUACACUUUUGUUUUAAUUUAACAACUAUACAAAUACCGGAUUCUUAUCA